CCUUUGAACCGGAAGCCUCGUUUCCAUACCCAAAAUAACAAGCAGCGAAGUGUCAAAUUUAUUGACUAAUUGGUCUCUUUUGUAUGAAAAAUUUCAUCAUAAAAACUUGCUUUCGCUCUUAAAAUGGAAGAAUCUGAUAGCGGCCAGCAAUCUAAAAGAUGUCCGUGUGGAUUUUGGGGAUCAGCACAAACAUCUGGAUUGUGUUCUAAAUGCUACAAAGCAACUGUUCAAGAAAAAUCACAGGAUGGUUUGGAUCCCAAAUCAGAGCUAAUGAGAAACCGUGCCUAUGCAAGUCACGACAGCGUUGGUGCUACAACCUCCUCCUUCAUGUCUGCUGGUCACUCAGUUGCCAGCGCUUCGACCUUAGAAAAAGCAGAAAAGUUUAUACGAAAGGCUGUGCAACAGUCCGCUGCUGAAAGUGGAGCCGCUAGACUGCUUGGUGAUUCACAAGUUGCAGUUGAUACUGCCUCAACAGACAAAAGUGAUGCUAAAAAAACUGAGAUUAGUGUUGAUAGCCCCGUUUCAAAGAACAGUAUGGUUGUUAAAGACUUGGCCAGUUCAAGUGUUGUGGCCUCUACCUCAAAUAAAUCUGACACUUCAAAUGCAAAGAUAAGUGAAGAUAGUAAUGUGACAAUCUCUGAUGCAAAGGCACAAAACUCUGACCUUGACAGCACGGAAAAAAAAGGUGUCAAAAGGGACAGGAGAGCUCUGGAGGAAGGAAGUGAAGAAACUGCUGCUGAGAAGUCUGGAGGAAAGAGCAAGAGGCGAUGUAAUGUGUGCCGAUGUAAACUGGAGUUGGCACAGAGGGCCAUCGGCAAGUGUAGAUGUGAGAAUGUGUUUUGCUCCUUACAUCGUCUCCCUGAACUUCAUAACUGUGACUUUGAUCAUAAAGAAGAUGGAAGACAACAGGCUCGUGAAAAGAUGAUCAAACCGACCCGCCAUCUUGGAACUUCCUUCAAACGGCUCGACUCGGAUUCUUGAUUUUAAUCCCAUUUAGACUGCUAUAUCUUUACUUGUGGAUUUUUGUUUCUGUUUGUAAUAUUUGUUUGCAGUUGAAACGCCUAAUUAUAACUUGUUCCUGAAUGUUCGUAUAUUGUUGUGAGCUGUGUAUAGGAAUUAGUUAUUUAGUUGAAUACAAAGCUUGGAUAGAGUUUUGUGUAUUUCAUCAUAUUUAUUUAGAUUUAUUUUUAAUGUGUAAAAAAUAGUGUUUUUUUAAAUAUGAGCAUGUUUUCAUGUAUAAUAUCUUUAUUUUAUGUUAAUUGUGUGUUUGCCUGUGUUUGAUAACUUAUAUUGAGACUAAAGCCAUGUUCCCCUGUGUUUGAUACCUAAUAUUGAAACUUAAGCCAUGUUCCCCUAUUUCGUCAAUCAUAAUACAUAUAAGUCUGUGUGCUGUUAUCAAAUGUGAUCUAAUUUUUUUAUAUCUUAUAUGGGUAAGUUAAUGAUGACUUGUAACUGGUAUAUGUGCGAACGAUGUACCUUCAAAGGCAAUAGUUAUGAAAACAAAAGACACCACGUUGCAUUCUCUGGCAUUUGGGGUCAUUUGUAAUUUAUUGGGGAACUUUUAUCAACAGAUUUUUCAGGUUUCAUAUAUGCCUGUAUUUUGGGUGUACAAGCGUUCAUGUUGAAACGACAUACUGGUACAUGGACUUGGGAAUUACAAAAUUAACACGAGAUCAAUAUAAGAAAUUUAAUAUUCAAAUUGACUGCCAAAAUUCCUCCUAUUAUUACAAUAAAUGUAACAUGAAUGCAAGGUAAACAUAUUUAAACCAAUUCGUGCACCAUGAAUACUUGUAAGUAGUAGGGGAUCAUUUUAUAACAUAAUAAGUUAAAUGCCAAUCAUUAAAGAUGCAUUACCAAUCAUCCGAUUGUAUUGAAGAUUGUUCCUGAGUUUUUUUAAUCAAUGAUAGCAUUUAACAGUUAUUAUAACUCUAUUUCAAUCUCAAUAACAGCAUUGUUUAAAGAUUUCCUUACUUAAAAACUAAGUUUGCAUUUACAAUUUUAAAGUUUACUAAUAUAUGAUUUAGAGGCUUGUGUACAAGCACCAAGCUUCAAAUGAAAUCCUUCCUUCUCUUUACUUUCGUUGUCUCUAUAAUGUGUUUAAAAGGCAUAAUUUAUAAAAAUAAUAAAAUUUUUAUGGUUAUUGUCUUUGGCCAUUGUUUUUGUUAGCUCACCUGAGCAGGAUAUGUUCAUGGUGAGCUUUUGUAAUCACCAUUUGUCCGUCAUGUGUCGUCAACAUUUGCGUUGUUAACUCCCUAGAGGCCACAUUUAUUGUCCAAUCUUCAUGAAACUUGGCCAGAACAAGUGUCCCAAUUAUACCUUUAACGUGUUCAAAAUGGUUCCGGUUGGUUGAAAACUUGGCCACUAGAGGGCAGGGCUGUUUUCCUUAUAUGGCUAUAGUGAAACUUCAUGAUGCUAUCUUACCUACAUUAAUUGGCCAAUCUUCCUUUAACUUGGUUAGAACAUUUAAAACAUGUUAAUACUCUAGAAGACACUUUUGUUGUCCAAUUUUCAUGAAUCAGCUCACACUUUUUCAGAAUAAUCUUUUUCCUUUGAGUCUCAGGUGAGAGCCUUAGGGCCCAUGGUCCUCUUGUUUGUUUGCUGUCUUGAAUAUGAAUGAUAAUAAUUGUAUAAAACAAGUUGUACAUAUUUUGCGUGUGAAAUACCCGAGUGAAGUUUCUAACAAAUAUCCAUACAAAGAGAAUAACAUUUUACUGCCCUAUUGUUUUGUACUCUUAUCAGAUGAGGCUUUGAUUAAAAUAAUUGCGAAGAUUGCCGAGCCUUUUUUGUAUUGAUGCAGAGUCCGAUAUAUUACAUAUUUAACAAAACGACAUGGCAGUAACCUAUUUUUCUGUUUAUCAUACUUCUACGGCAAUUGGUUUUAAGAAAUAAAUAAAUAUAAUAGCUAUAACUCUUCUUUUCAGACAGGACUGUCUGUUAAUAAAAUGAUGUCAUGAGCACUUGAACUUGGUGAAAAUAUUUUAGCUGUUUUUGUUGCCCAAAAUCUUCUACCGCUGGGUAUAAAAUAGUUCUGUUUAAUCUGAUUCAUUUUUACUCAAAAUGAAAGGUUUUGCCUUGAUUCUGUAUUCACAUUGAGUAAUGUAUCGUACCACCAAUCAUUGACUGAUGUACAUUUUUUUAUCAGGCACCCUUUUAUCAGGUGGGUAUCAACGUAGAGGUAUGAUUAAAGUAUUUAACUAACCCAUUUAUUUAAACAAAUAUUGUGUAUAAUCUGACUUAAUGUAUACAAUAUAAGAUUUUAAUAUAUUUUUUUUUAUUGAUUGCAUAAACGUUUAUUGUACAAGAGAAUAAAAGCCUCUAUAGUUGGGUACUGUGACAAGAGAGGUGUGUAUUUGUGUUUGACACUGUGUAUUGGCCAGUUGACCUUGUUUUUCUUCUGCAUACCUCAUCGGUUGCGGCUAUACCUUAUCGGUUGCGGCUAGCACAAAAAGGAAGAUAAUUCUUCCUGAUAAGCAGGAAAACAAAAUGAGCUUUUUUUUUACAGCAAAAUGGUUGGGUCUCAAAUGUAUAGAACACCAAUUACAUCAUUAAUCAUGUUGUGUUUUAGUUCAAUAUGUAUAUUAUAUUCUUUUAUUCUCUUUACGCACAUUAAUGAAGCUCUGUUUUCCCAAAGAGAGGUUCAUAUCUUUUUUAAAAACAUAAAUGUUAUCAUUUAGGAGUGUUGUAUUAUUCACACUAAUCCACAGUAGAGUGGAACUUUUGUGAGCUACAUGUUUUUAUUCCAUUUAUUCUACAAUUGUUCUCAUAUGAUUAUUCUGUAACAAUUGUUCAUGCCAGUGGAGCAAGGGUUUUGCGAUUAUCUGCAAGACAAGAUUGAGCGUGAAAUAUAGUAUCUGAUACAACAGAAACAGCAGUUUCAGGCUCUUCACUCGGCUGGUGUAUUUAAUACAUAUCCUUUUGUAAGUUGGUUGCAAACGCUGCUGAGCUGAAUGUAUUUUGUGCUAAGAAAUAAAUAUAUACCAGAAAUUAAAAAUUUAUAUUCAUAUUCAUUUAUUUUUGUUUUCAUUAUUUUAUUUGUGGCAUCUGAAAGUGCAUGUGAUUUAGUUGUUUAUUUCUUUUUCACAUUUGUGCUUUAGUUUUGCUUUUUAUGCCCCCCUUGAAGAAGAGGCGGUAUAUUGUUUUGCACAUGUCGGUCCGUCCGUCCGUAUGUCCGUCCGUCCACCAGAUGGUUUCCGGAUGAUAACUCAAGAACGCUUAGGCCUAGGAUCAUGAAACUUCAUAGGUACAUUGAUCAUGACUCGCAUAUGACCCCUAUUGAUUUUGAGGUCACUAGGUCAAGGUCUCGGUGACCCGAAAUAGUAAAAUGGUUUCCGGAUGAUAACUCAAGAACGCUUAUGCCUAGGAUCAUGAAACUUCAUAGGUACAUUGAUCAUGACUCGCAGAUGACCCCUAUUGAUUUUCAGGUCACUAGGUCAAAGGUCAAGGUAACGGUGACCGGAAAUAGUAAAAUGGUUUCCGGAUGAUAACUCAAGAAUGCUUAUGCCUAGGAUCAUGAAACUUUAUAGGUACAUUGAUCAUGACUCGCAGAUGACCCCUAUUGACUUUCAGGUCACUAGGUCAAAGGUCAAGGUCACAGUGACUCAACUUAGAAAAAUGGUUUCCGGAUGAUAACUUAAGAACGCUUACGCCUAGGAUCAUGAAACUUCAUAGGUACAUUGAUCAUGACUUGCAGAUGACCCCUAUUGACUUUCAGGUCAAAGGUCAAGGUCACGGUGACUUGACAUAGUAAAAUGGUUUCCGGUUGAUAACUCAAGACUGCUUACGCCUAGGAUCAUGAAACUUCAUAGGUACAUUGAUCAUAACUCGCAGAUGACCCCUAUUAAUUUUCAGGCCAAAGGUCAAGGUCACAGUGCCAAAAAACGUAUUCACACAAUGGCUGCCACUACAACUGACAGCCCAUAUGGGGGGCAUGCAUGUUUUACAAACAGCCCUUGUUAAGUUUAAAACACUGCAUGGAGCUUCAACAAUUUUUUCUAUGCAAAGCUCUGUUGGUUGUGAAGUACCUGAUUCAAUUAUUGUUACUCAAACGGCAAAUUUCAAUGUCAUUCUCUUCAAUACAUUUCUCAAUAUUCUAGAUAAAAUUGCUUAUUGGGAUGUUCUACAUACAAAUGUUAAAUACCAUAAUUGUUUUUUAAAGCAUAGACUGAUCAUUAAAGGGGCGGUCAACCAGAUUGCAAUAUAUCAUGAAAAAAAGAAAAGUUCUAAAAUACUUUACUUUUUUACAAUUAUUAGUUUAUAUUGAUUAAAAUAUCAGGAUUGGUAUAUUACAUUACUUGAAAAAUGUUAUUAAGUUUUCAUAUUUUCAAUAUAUUUGGUAAUACAAUUUUACUGAGUAUGUCUACCAGGUUAUUUGGAGAGUUCUGUUGUUGUCGUUAUAUUUUGUGAAACUUAGAGGAUUGCUUAUAUAAAGUAUAAAAUACAACUCUUAUUGUAUGAGCAUAGAUGGCCAAGUGGUCUAAAUGGAAAACUUUUUACUUCAGGACUCCAGGGUCUGUGGUUCGAGCCCUGUUCAGGGUUACUUUUUUCCUUUUUUUCAAUUUAUUCUUAAUUUUUUACUGGAGGUUUUUAGAUCCAAUGCUUAAAUUUAUCAAUAUAAAGCAUAUAAUGAUGGUAUUUUAGGACUUUUUGACUGCCCCUUUAAGUCAUUAUUGUAUUUACAUAGUUGUUAUUCCCAUAUUUUAAUCUACGUAAUAUUGAAUGUACAUGCAUGCAUAUUCACCAAAAAAUUAUUUGUAAUAAUAGUGUCAAUGUUAUUACUUUGCAAGAUAAGACCAAUCAAUAUGCAAAAAAACCUGCUAGUUUCAAAAAGGAAAUUAAUCUUUUGGAAAUGUACAUCUAAAUGAUGUUAUAAAUAUAUCAAUUUGAAUCAAGCUAUUGUUGCAUCGUUUCAGCUCAAUUAAUGCAACACCUGGCAGGAUGUAAAACUUAACAUUCUAACUUCAUACUUAACAACCCAACUAAGGUAAAUAUGUAGUCUCAUUUCAGACGACAUUAUUUAUUUUUUAAGUCAUGAAAAUCAUAAGUGAUCAUCUACUUUUAAUGGUUAUUUUUAUUAACCAUUCCGCAAUGGGCUCACAUUAUUGUUUUUAAAAAGGACUGAACUGCUUAUUUGUAAAUGUGCAACUGUUCACAUGAAUUUUUAAGAACUUUAUUAAGAGAAAUAAGAAAGUAUAUGGUACAUGGAUAAGAAUAAUUGUCAGGUUUUUGUCAGCUCAGAAAACAUUAUGUUGACAUGUAUCAAGACUUAAGACCAGAGGGCCGUUUUAUGUCCAUAUUGUAUCACAUUUGCAAACCACUCAGAAAAUCAUGUUUGUUUGUUCCUUAUUCUUUUUUAUGUUUUUAUUGUCUGUUCAUUCAGUGUUAUAUAUCCAUAUUGAUUGAUGUCAUAUGAUGCAAGUAUGUUCAAUUCUAUUAACACAACAUGUAGAGGGAUGCAAUUAAUAUGAAGACUAUAGUAACCUGUGUUAUAAUUUUACUUUUUAUGCCCCCGGAUCGAAAGAUAGGGGGUAUAUUGUUUUUGGCCUGUCUGUCGUUGUAUGUGUGUGUGUGUCCAAAAACUUUAACCAAAACUUUUACCUUGGUCAUAACUUUUGCAAUAUUGAAGAUAGCAACUUGAUAUUUGGCAUGCAUGUGUAUCUUAUGGACCUGCACAUUUUGAGUGGUGAAAGGUCAAGGUCAUCCUUCAAGGUCAAAGGUAAAAAAAACAAAUUAAAAAACUUUAACCAAAACUUUAACUUUCUUCAUAACUUUUCAAUAUUGAACAAAGCAACUUGAUAUUUGGCAUGCAUGUGUAUCUCAUGGAGCUGCAUAUUUUGAGUGAUGAAAGGUCAAGGUCAUCCUUCAAGGUCAAAGGUCAAAAAAAUAAUUCAAAGCGGCGCACUAGGGGGCAUUGUGUUUCUGACAAACACAUCUCUUGUUUCACAAUAUACUUAAAUAUGGUACUUUCAAAUAAAGCUUGUAAUGGCAUUUGA